CCCCUCUGGGACCAUUACUUUUUUGUCGUUGUAAUUUUCCUUUUUUUUUUUUUGACUUCUAAUCCUCGUAUCCAUAGUUCCAUAUGGAGUUCAUGCAUUGCACAAAAUAGCCAAUUCUCACUGGACAUGGAUUGACUUGGCUGCGUUACUUUGACUCAUUCAUUGGAGCCAAGCAUUGGGGUGACUCAAUGGCCCUUUGUCUCAGCAGCUGGAAGCCCAAUUAAUGGCCAUUAAGAUUCUUCAUUCACUAUAAAGAUUGGUGCCUUCAGCCAGGCACCAGGCAGAAUCUCCCGGCGCAUCUCACAUUGAAUUUUCGAUAUACUCCGGUACCCCACAUGGCGAUCUGCGCUCACAAAAGAUCUGCUGUCCCCAGUUUUUAUAUCAUUCAACCCCUCGAACAGGGGGCGUACGACAGGCAGAAUGCAGCCGGACGAAGUUCAGUUCGUUCACUUCAAUGAUGUUUAUCACAUCCCAACAGCCGCGCAACUCACACGCGGCGAUGCUUUUUCGCCGUCACUCGAGGCAAGCGUCUUGAAAGGCGAGCAUAUUUUGCCGAUACUGGACCUCGUAGGGAUUGACAUUGGAUGCUACGGAAACCAUGACUUUGACUUUGGCGAUGCAAAGCUGGUCGAACUCUCGAGUCGGUUGAAGUUCCCGUGGCUGCUUUCAAACGGUUUUCACCACCCUGCUGGAGAUCGAAAGAGAUUUCUCGGUUCCGGUCAAGAGUAUCUUGUCCAGCACCUGGACAAUGGUCUUCAAGUUGGCUUUAUAGGGCUGGCCGGGACAGACUGGCCGUCAAAUUGUUCGGCUCUGCCACCCUGCGAGAUUGAAUCACCGGUUCAGGCUGCUUGUCGUUUAGCACGCCAUCUCCGGGUAAACGAGCGCUGCGAUCUAGUUAUAGCACUAACGCACAUGCGUGUCCCGGAAGACAUAGAGGUAGCGAAUGCGACUGCCACCGGAGACAGCAGGAUCGACUUGCUACUCGGCGGACAUGACCAUGAAGUAGUCAGAAGGUUUGCAGGCGACACGGAUUUAUCUGCAGAGAACGUCGAGCAAGGGCGUAAAGUCUCUGACCUUGAAGUAGAAGGGAGGCUUCCUGAGGCAGAAGGCAACAUCAGACUUGUCAAGAGCGGGACAGACUGGAGAGCCUUGUCGCUGGUACGACUGAUUGUCCAGAGAGACAAAAAUGGGACAGUGGUAGGGUCUACCGUGAAAUUGCAACAAUACACCGAUACCCAAGCCGCCAUAGCGACGCCGCAGCCACCAUCCAACGUGAUCGAAAUGCUAGAGGAAAUUCACGCUCGAGUUGGGAAGCGAGUCCAAAAGCCGCUUCUGCACUCUGCUGUCCCACUCGAUGGCCGCAACUUUGCAAUUCGUAGCCAGGAGACAAAUCUGGGCAAUAUGCUGGCUGACGCUGUUCGGGCGUUCUAUGACACCGAAGUGGGCUUCUUCAACGGUGGCGGGGUCAGGAGUGACCUGAUCCUGAAGGCUACUGUGCCCAACGGCGAGCCCUUACUCGUCAGAGAUAUCAUCAAUAUUUGCCCAUUUGGGAAUAGCCUUGUCGUCAAGCGGCUCACGGGCGAAGCCAUCCGGCUCGCACUAGAGAACUCCGUGUCUGACAAACAUACUGAUGGCCGAUUCCUGCAGAUCUCGGGUUUGCGGAUGGUAGCGAGCUGGCAACGGCCGGAAGGGUCUCGGGUCGGAGACGUCUUUCUCGAGAGACGUGAUGGUAGCCUUGAGCCGCUGGAACCGGCCCGAACCUAUACUGUCACCAUGCCAGGAUUCAUCGCGCAGGGGUUUGACGGAUUCUCCUGGUUUUCACAGAUGGAAACCCUCGUAGGGGAAGAAGCAGCAAUGACGGAUUCCGGGUUGCUCCUUGCCAUGCUUGGACACAGCGAAGAACUGGCCGAUGGCGAUUCGGAUCAUAAUGCCCAUGCCGCGGGCAUUGAGCGAGCGCGCACGCUGAUUAUUGUCGGCCAAAACCCUUCUGACUCUUUACCCAUGGUGAGUCCUGUUAUAGAAGAUAGAAUCAAGUUUGUCGGGUUAUAGACGUUUACAUCGGAUUAGUAGAGAUAGCUAGACUGAAUGCCACAGGGAUGCGUUGAUGAGACUCCCACAUGAAGAUACCUGGAUCUUGGCUGUCGGGCCCUUCAGUCACUUCCUCUGAGUAUAGAUAGGCCCCUGUGAGUCUGGACCUCAAGGAGAAAGCGCCUCGGUGCGUCUU